GCCUUGGAGGGGAGAGAGAGAGAGAGAGUCGUUGGUUGUUUUUGUUGUUGGAACGACUCGGUUUCAGAGAACAAGAACAUCUUCAGCACCAUGAUCUCCUUCUCCUCUCUAUCUCUAGCCCUGAAUUGAAUCUCUCUAGGCCAACACAAGAAAAGGUGUUGGUGUUCUUGAAGAAAAAAAAAACAAUUAUAUAUAUAAAUAUAUAUAUUUUUUUUAAAGAACAAUUUGAUGGGUACGUUCCAGAGCUUUAGGAAGGCCUAUGGAGCUCUGAAGGACUCUACCAAGGUUGGCCUCAUCAAGGUCAACAGCGAAUUCAAGGAUUUGGAUAUUGCCACGGUGAAGGCCACCAGUCAUGUUGAGUGCCCUCCGAAGGAACGCCAUGUUCGAAAGAUUUUCUCUGCAACAUCUGUGACACGUCCACGGGCAGAUGUGGCAUACUGCAUUCAUGCUCUGGCCAAGAGAUUGUCCAAGACUCGGAGCUGGAUUGUUGCCAUAAAGACACUGAUAGUUAUUCAUAGAACAUUGAGAGAGGGUGAUCCUACCUUUAGAGAAGAGCUUCUAAACUAUUCUCAGAGAGGACACAUUCUCCAAAUUUCCAAUUUUAAAGAUGACUCAAGUCCCCUUGCUUGGGAUUGCUCUGCUUGGGUUAGGACAUAUGCACUCUUUCUAGAAGAACGGCUGGAGUGUUUCCGAGUUUUGAAGUAUGACAUUGAGUCGGAGCGUUUGACAAAAACAUCACCAGGAUCAACAAAGGUACAUAGUAGAACACGAACAUUGGCUGCCGAUGAGCUGUUGGAGCAGCUACCUGCACUGCAGCAACUUCUUUACCGCCUCAUGGGCUGCCAGCCUGAGGGAACAGCUUUUACCAAUUACCUCAUACAAUAUGCCUUAGCUCUGGUUUUAAAAGAGAGCUUUAAAAUAUAUUGUGCCAUCAACGACGGAAUUAUAAAUCUUGUUGACAUGUUCUUUGAUAUGUCAAGACAUGAUGCAGUUAAAGCUCUCAAUGUUUAUAAAAGAGCCGGCCAACAGGCUGAAGCCCUAGCUGAUUUUUAUGAAUAUUGCAAGGGUUUGGAUCUUGCUAGAACUUUUCAGUUUCCAACAUUGAGACAGCCACCUCCAUCCUUUCUUGCAACAAUGGAGGAGUAUAUAAAGGAAGCGCCGCAGUCCGGUUCUGUUAACAAGAGACUGGAAUACCAGGAGACAGACCAGCAGCCUCAGAAACCUGAAGAACCUCCUCCUCCUCCAGAGCCUGAAAAAGAAGAAGAAGAAGUAGAGGAGAAAACGGAGGAAGAGGAAGAACCCCAACCUAAGGAAGAGGUAGUUGAACCUCCUCCUUUGAUAUCAACUGACGACACUGAUCUUCUGGGUCUAAGGGAAAUAAAUCCAAAAGCUGCAGAAAUUGAAGAAAGCAAUGCCUUGGCUCUUGCAAUAGUUCCACAAGGGAACGAACAACAAUCUGGAGCAAGUUUCAAUGAUCUUGCUGGGACUUCAGGCUGGGAGCUAGCACUGGUGACCACACCAAGCAACCAUACAAGCCAAGUGCCCAUGGACAAGAAGUUUGCUGGUGGCUUUGACAAGCUAUUACUUGAUAGCUUGUACGAAGAUGAAGGUGCCAGGAGACAGAUACAGCUCCAGAACGCAGGCUAUGGCUACGGUGCAACGAGCUUGCAUAACCCGUUUGAACAACAAGCACAACAUCCUGUGCAAGAUCCAUUUGCAAUGUCCAACAACAUAGCACCCCCAACCAACGUGCAAAUGGCGCUAAUGGCUCAACAACAACACCAACAUCAGCAAAUCCUUCAGCAACAGAACCAGCAAUAUCAACAGCAGCAGAACAUGAUGAUGGUGCCUCACCCUUAUUAUUCUCAAUACCCCCAACAGAUGCAGCUCCCGGGUUCUUCGAACCCGUUCGGAGAUCCAUUCAGCUUCCCUCCUAGUUCAACGCCACACCAGGGAAACCAACACCUAAUAUAGAUGUCAUUUGUUUCAUGAUUUAAUUCCAGCUUAUUCUUUGAUUCUUUGGAGUAGUGUGAGUUUGAGAAGCUCAUUCUUUGUUUUACUCUGUAUAUUGUUUUGGAGGGCUAUUGACAAUGGAAUGCAUACAAAUUGAUGUGUUAUUUUGAUCAAA